AUGUAACCACUUAAACCAACCAAACUCAAUCCAGCCUCCAACAUAGACUACAAAGAAUUGCAGAAGACCCUCAUCCAUUUCCAAAGAGCACAACUCGAAUUGGAAAAGACUCGCCAAGGCUCUCCCUUGAAGUCGGUCUCCCCUAUGAGAGAAAUGAUUAAUUUCCAAGCUCUCCAAGAUGCAGGACUUAUAGAACUAAAUGAAAAAAGCAAACAAGUCGACGGAGUCAAAAUCACACUCGAAGAAAUCGAAAAAGCAUUCAAAAUCCUGGAUGAGAAAAACAAAGGCACCAAGAUUUCGUUACUUGAAUUAAAAAAGAAAAUCCCUGCCAUCAAUCCCAACUUCCCCAAAAGUGAAUACAAAGCCUUGACUCAGGGCAAACCAGAACUCAAGAGCAAAGAUCUCUAUGAGUUGCUCAAGUAGAAUGAAUUGCAAGAUUUCGAUCCUCUCGAAUAGGCCUUUUCACUGCUAGAUCCCAAGGGCGAGGGUAAUUUAGAUAUUAAUAGGUUGGGGGAGGUCUUCAGUGUUCUGGGCUAUGGCAAAAUCGAUAAAAGGGAUCAGGAAAUACUCUUGGAAUGCUUUGGAUGUGGAUAAAGAUGGCAAAAAUAGGACUCCAGGAUCUCAGAGAGAUAGUUUGAAUCAGAAAGACAUAAACAAUGA